GUCAUUUCCUCGUCUACGCAAACAUUGAUUUAGGCAGCCCAAAGCUUAUCGGAUCACGGCUUUUUUGGUCUGGGAGUGCAGGCAUUCAGCUAACCUUUACUUUCCUUGGACUAUUCUAUUCUUUUACUUUAAACCAUUCGAGGCGCUGAGAGCCUCAACACUCGACAAUGUCGGAACCACUCUCAGAUGCCGAUAAGAUCCGAAACAAGAGGCUCGCUAAACUAGGAUCUCAAGCAAGCCCAGCAACAUCCUCAGAAUCGCCAGCCACCCCCCCACGGCCGCCAUCCACUCACCCCGAACCUACGCCUUCACAAAUUAGCAGUAAUGAAACGCCUCGACAAACUCAAACUCAAGAUGGUGCUCUCGGAUCACCAGCACAGGGAAAGAGAAUUAGAAUAACACCUACUGCAUCGACCGAUGCAGCGUCAUCGUCUCCAGCGCCGUCGAAACGGCCUGCUACUAAGCCGGAAGAGUCGAUCGAGGCGUUCGAGGACCGGACACUACGUGCACUCUUCCGCAUCUCCCUCGAUGAAGCCCAGAAGAAGGAUAUUCAUGGCCACAGUCUGACCUACCUCUCUGGUCUUAGGUCUGAGCUUGAGGAAGACGGCGCAGAGCCUCGCAUGUCUGUUGGAGUACUUGACCAGGCAAUCCUAGAGGCUGCGUCAAAUACCGGUCGCGAACCGCCAUUACAAUACCUCUUGCCAUGCUGGAAACGAGUUAGUCGGCUGUUUAAGGGCUUUCGAAAGGCCUCGGAUGACGACCCCCGAUUCGUUGUGGUCAGCGAAGCCAAACGCCUUUGUCUAAGCUAUUGUAUCUUUGCGAUCACAAUGCCAGACAUGUUCAACACCGCUCCAACCGCUCGAUCUCCAUUAAUACCCCACCUCCUCCUUGAAGCAGAUGACGAUCGAGGCAUCGACUUGGACUUUCUUUCAGAAAUUGUCAAACAAUUCGAGGAUCAAGAUGAAUUAAAAGCGACUAUCAUCAGCACAGUAGAGCAACUGAGUCAAGAGUUGUCUACGAAGACGAUGAAUGACGACUAUAAGCCUUACGUGACGGCUUUGAGGAAUCUCGUUCGUCAUGCUACUAUUGGAGCUGCUAUCACCGAAUCUUCCCAUUUCAUAGGAUCUACUAAUCCGGCAUCUUUUGAACUAUUUACCUUGCUUGGGCCCUGGUUCCGUUUGUCUCCGCUCCAGGGGCCCGUUACUACUACAUAUUUUUCAAGUCCAAAAACCAGAGAUCAGGGGUUCAUUCUGAACUCACAAUCGUCGCUGCGGAUGACACAGCAGUUACUAAGUAAUGAUCUCUUGGAUAUUGUGAACCACUUGAUCAGGGCUUCCAAAGAUGCAAGAGAAAAGGUCCUUGAUUGGUUUGCUGCAGCGAUCAAUUUAAAUCAUAAAAGGAGAGCCAUGCAAGUUGAUCCAAAAACCGUUUCUUCCGAUGGUUUCAUGUUCAACAUUACUACAUGUUUAGAUCAGCUAUGUGAGCCGUUUAUGGAUGCUGCUUUCACAAAAAUUGAUCGCAUCGAUGCACACUAUCUUCACAGAAACCCUCGAGUACAGAUGCGAGACGAGACUAAAAUAAACGCGGACCAACAUGAGUCAGACGAGUUUUAUUCGAAGAAAGUGGAUGGCACUUCAAAUUUCAUCACAGAAAUAUUCUUUUUGACCGUUGCUGCUCACCACUACGGCAGCGAAUCUUUGACAUCAAAACUUGACCAACUAGAGAAAGAUCUUCGACACAUGGAAUCUACUAUAAACAAGUUCGAGUUAGAGCGACAUAAAUACAUUCAUAACCCCGUUCAGCUGCGAACUUUCGAGAACGCAUUAAAAAAGUACAAAGAUCAGCUUGAUAUGGGUCUUUCCCUCAAAUACAGUCUUCAGGGGGUACUCUUUGAUAGUUUGUGGCAAACGCGGUCAAUGCAAUUCAUGCGAUAUGUCAUUGUGUGGUUACUUCGUCUUAUUUCUGGGGUCGAUUUCCCCAAGCAAAGCAUUACAUUACCUUUACCAGAAGAACCUCGGGAAGUUUUCAAAUGUCUUCCUGAAUACUUCAUUGAUGACAUUGUGAGCAACUUCAAAUUCAUUAUGUGGUCCAUGCCGCAAAUUGUCACCGCAACACAAGGUGACGAGCUCGUAAUGCUUUGUGUCGCAUUCCUGGAAAGCUCUCAGUACAUUAAGAACCCUUACCUAAAAGCUGGGUUAAUUUCCAUACUCUUUCGUGGAACGUGGCCUCGCCCUGGUGGUGCUAGAGGAGUUCUCGUUGACCUGCUUAACUCGAUGCCUUUUGCGACAGAGUAUCUCCUUCACUCCGUCAUGAAAUUCUACAUUGAGGCGGAGUUCACCGGCACUCAUACACAGUUCUUUGACAAGUUCAACAUUCGUUACGAGAUCUUCCAGAUCAUCAAGUGCAUCUGGGGUAACCCAGCUUACAGAAAGCAACUUUCUGACCAGGCAAAGCAAAAUCUCGACUUUUUUGUGCGAUUUGUUAACCUUCUGCUUAAUGAUGUUACUUUCGUCCUUGAUGAAUCUUUCACUGCAUUCAUCACCAUCCAUGACACCCAGGAGCAAUUAAACCUAGAAGGAAACACUAUGGAUCAGACGACGCGCGAAGAAAAGGAAGAAGCAUUAUCAGCGGCCCAGGGAAGAGCCAAAUCGUAUAUGCAAUUAACCAAUGAGACUGUUGCCAUGUUAAAACUCUUCACGGAAGCGUUAGCAGACUCAUUUACGAUGCCAGAAAUUGUUCAACGUUUAGCCGAUAUGUUAGACUACAAUCUUGACGCCAUGGUGGGUCCCAAAAGCUCCAAUUUGCGAGUGGGCAAUCUUCAAGAAUACGGCUUCAACCCUCGUGGACUUUUAAGUGAGAUAGCAGACGUUUAUCUGAACUUGAUGGAGAAAGAGAACUUCAUAUAUGCUGUGGCACGUGAUGGCCGCUCCUACAAGCCCCAGAAUUUUGAGAAAGCGGCCGAGAUCCUCCGCAAAUGGGCAUUGAAGUCCGAGGAGGAUAUGGCUAAGUGGGCGCAAUUACAAAAACGAGUCAAAGAGGCCAAAGAAGCAGACGAACAAGCAGAGGAAGACCUUGGAGAGAUUCCUGACGAGUAUCUCGAUCCCCUUAUGUACACGCUCAUGGAAGACCCAGUCAUUCUACCGGGCUCGAAGGUCUCCAUCGAUCGGGCAACUAUCCGCUCUCAUCUUCUAAGUGAUCCUAACGACCCUUUUAACCGUGCACCACUGAAGAUUGAAGACGUCAUAACGAACACGGAGCUGAAAAAUCAGAUUGAAGCAUUCAAAGCGGAGCGGAAGGCUGCGAAAAAGGAUGCCAUGGAUACCUCUACUGGAUGAAUUUACGACCAUUAGAUGGUUUCUAUUUUAUAUCUGCAUGCACAUAUGAUUGAUGAACCAACCCAAAAUAGUUCAUGGCGUAUAACAGCGCACAGUUUCCAGUGUCUUUUGGGUCGAGUGGCUACGGAAACAUGCCGAAUGGCUGGAGGGUCUGGAAUAUCUUGUACUAUUUCACACUUAGAGCGUUUCACCUUUACCAGUGGAACCAAGUUGGAAGGCAAUUUCGGGUAGCGUUGAAUAUCAUAUCUCAUUAUCGUGCAACAGCGCUGCUAUUAUCGUAAACCCGAUACAAACACGUUUUAUAGCCAGCCAGCUGCAUACUUGCUUUAUUUCUCCAUGGAAAGUAAGUCGCAAAAAUAACACGAAAUCAAAUGCGUAUGUAUAGAUAUCUAGAUAUUGUUGCUAGCAAAUCACAGACAGCCGAUCCGCAUCGAC